AGACCCAGACGAUACGCCGCAUGAUGCGGCGUCUCAUCAGGGUGUGCGCUGUUUGCUUAAAGGAAUGUCUGUAAGAAAUAUUCUAAAUAUAGAAAUAAAUAUACUUGGCAUCACUAAUUUUGGAAAUAAAUUGAUGCAAUUUAGAAGGAUGGGAGAGUCCACUGGAGAUAAAUGGUUUAAUUGUGAAUUGCGGUUGCACUUAAAAAUAGCAGAGUGUACUCGUAUAUUACAAUAGCUGAACAUGUCGCAUGGAAGCGGAAGCGGCCAUUAUACGUUGUCAAGAAGACAGCGUGACGCUUUCGCUUUUAGUGAGACAAGCAGCAGACGACAGCUGAUCCCGACCUACCAGAGCUCACUCGCAAACAUAGAUUUUCGUAUGCGCAGUUGUCAGACGUGCGGGAAGCAGUUUUCGAACGCCGGCGAGCUCACAAAACACGUAGCCUUGAAUCACACAGGUUCGAAACCAAUAUCAUGUAAUGUCUGUGGUAAAAGGUUCGGCAGUUCCCGUCAAAUGAAGUCGCAUUAUCAACAGCAUCGAGAGCCUCGUUUGGAAGAGUUCGGCUAUCUCCGUACACCACGCCAGGCACGUGACCUAGUGUCCGAAACGACCUCCUCAUCGGAGACUACCGUUGGAAGUUUUCACAGAAUUCCGAAAGGCUUAAAAACUUACGUUUCUGAAAAUUCACCGACCGCGAAAGACACAUUCGGAACUGAGCAGUCAUUUCAUCCUUACGUACCCAAUACUCACAAACUAAAACUAUUGCGGGACAUGUAUGAAGAUCCCGACCACCCUAGACUUCAGACCGUGGAUACGAAACUGCCAGAUAUCCGGUCGACAAAUGGAAAAACUGUCGUUACCAACGGAAAAGAAGGCGAAAAAACGAAAUCCAUUCCCGAUGCUGACGUCACACGCGUAAAAUCAAAAUUCAGUUUACCACAACUUGAUGCUGGGAACAUUUCUGUUAUAGAUACAGUAAUGGGUGCAUCUAGAGUAACAGAUACGAGCAAAAAAUCGCAUUUUCUUGAAAAAGCGCAAGAUGAUUUUAUAAAUGCCCGGAUGUCGGAAGUGUCUCUGGCAGGACGAUCUCCAACACCGAAAUCUUUCCGCAGCUUUUCUGGCACUGUAGAGUACCGCAAACCGAAAUAUUUGAUAAAUCGGGAAUUCUGGGAUACCGGAAGUCGUGCAACCGGAAGUGCGAUACGGUAUUCACCAGUGUCAGGGUACGAUCCAUACAAUCGUGGUAAUGGCAGCGUAAAAAGCUGGCAAGGAACACAGGCGCUUUCACACAGACGAUGAAUAAAGACGAUAGUUUUAGACACAAAAAGGGUGGGACUAUUUUAAUUAAAACAGCUCUAAUAUAUCGUUUUGAUUAUUAAUCCAGUAUCGAUAACCAUAAAAACACAUUGAAAUCAGUCAAAAUGUAACGGUGUUAUGCAAUUGUGUAAAGUUUCUGUUCACGCAUCAGCGUCUGACGUAUAGUACAUGACUUAUACAAAUUUGUACUCAACAUUUAUGUGUUUAUUUAGUUUGAAUUUCGCCGAUUUCGACAGUAAUUCAGUAAAAGCACGGCGGUCCGUUGAUCAACUUUCUCUUAACUGGUUUUAACCAGUACAUAGUGUCCAUAUGUAUGCCUUUCACUGACAUAUGUUCUGUUUAAUUAAAUCAGUGGUUUGGGUUCGGAGUGGCCGUAGCGAGGAUUUCAUGGCCAACCAUUACUGAACACACAAGUUAUGUGUCCGGGCAGAGGAUCGAACAUAUGAUUUGAGUCGCGUUCUGAGAAAACCGGGCUUAAUGCAUGUGCGUAAAGUGUCGUCCCAGGUUAGCCUGUGCAGUCCAUACAGUCUAUUCAGGGACGACACUUUCCGCCUUAGUUGGAUUUUUGCUAAGAGACUUCAUUUAAACAAAAAAUGUCAUAAAGCGGAAAGUGUUGUCCCUGAUAAGCUAAUCUGGGACGACACUGCAUGCAAAUUCAUUAAAUCCCUUUUUCAAAGAGCACGGCUCAUUUGUAGUAGAGCGCUCUACCAGGAGCUAGCCUUCCUUACCAAGCGGCAAUAGUGUGUAUUACAUUCACACCGUUUCGAACAAAAACAUAAUUGAAUGCAUUUCACACAAAAAUGAUCAGUAAAAAAAUAAGUUCUGUUCCAUUAGAACUGAUGUCCUUUUAAAAUGCACUGCUUCAAGAAGUGUUGAUAAAACACUCACAACUUUAUCACAUUUUCCUUUUUUUCUUUUAUUACUGCCUGUUAUAAUAGAAACAUACAGUAACUGUUUGAAUAUCUAUGUUUAGUUAUGUUAAUUGUGUUAUGUUAUUAUGUUUGUUAAUGAAUGCACUAAUUCUAAUUGGUAAAGUUAUUAUUUAAAAAAAGAAACAUUGAAAUGCAAAAGCGUUGUAAUUGCAGUAUCCGGUAAAAUACGCUAAAUGCGUGACAAUAAAUACGAAGGAAAGCAUUAUGCUUUUCAUUGCGCGUUUAUAUACAUGGUACCUUUACUUUGCGUUUAUUUAGCAUUAUUACGCCCUGAUCAGCAUAAAACUAAAAUAUUUGCCGUUAUAUUACGCCGUUCAUUUAGCGUUAUUACGAAUGUUGUUGUAUAUUUU